ACCAUUUCGAAAGCAUUCCGAAGGCUAAAGUGAGAAAUAAGCCCAGGUUAGGGAGAGGAGAAACGAGUUUCACGUCCUGGUCUAGCACCGGGUUGGAUUGUCGCUGGGACGGCAGUCAGGCAUUUGGUGUGGUCGCCUAAGAGGUGGGUCUUUCGGCUGGGCCGCCGGGAAACCCCGUGGGCCUGCGCGGCGUUUUUUCUUUUCGAUCCGCCAUCUGCGGUGGAGCCGCCACCAAAAUGCAGAUUUUCGUGAAAACCCUUACGGGGAAGACCAUCACCCUCGAGGUUGAACCCUCGGAUACGAUAGAAAAUGUAAAGGCCAAGAUCCAGGAUAAGGAAGGAAUUCCUCCUGAUCAGCAAAGACUGAUCUUUGCUGGCAAGCAACUGGAAGAUGGACGUACUUUGUCUGACUACAAUAUUCAAAAGGAGUCUACUCUUCAUCUUGUGUUGAGACUUCGUGGUGGUGCUAAGAAAAGGAAGGAGUUAAACACCACUCCCAAGAAGAAUAAGCACAAGAGAAAGAAGGUUAAGCUGGCUGUCCUGAAAUACUAUAAGGUGGAUGAGAAUGGCAAAAUUAGUCGCCUUCGUCGAGAGUGCCCGUCUGAUGAAUGUGGUGCUGGGGUGUUUAUGGCAAGCCACUUUGACAGACAUUAUUCUGGCAAAUGUUGUCUGACUUACUGCUUCAACAAGCCAGAAGACAAGGAACUGUAUGAGUUCAUAAAAGACACGAACUAACAUUUAUUGUUGGAUUUCAUUGUAGUAAAAAGAAUAGUUUUUAAGCACCAAAUUGAUGGUCACACCAUUUCCUUUAUUAGUGCUAUUGCUAUCACUGUAUGAAUGUUGCUUCUGGGGAUUGUGCGACGCAGUGGUUCUGUAUACCUGCCAGGUGCCAACCACUUGUAAACGUCUUGAUAUUUUCAAUUCAUAGUAACUUCUUAGAAUACCUGUACUUCGGCAGAAGUUAUACUUAAUGUAAGUUGUCUAAAUAUAAGCCAGUUAUUGUUUCUGUCCAUCU